AUGCCGGGCUGGGAAUCCUACUCAGGCCUUACGCUCAUCCCCUACGAUUUUUAUGUUCACUGGUUCAAUGACAAUUAUGUGUGGCGAUGCCCUUUGCCAGUUCUUAGUGCCUUCUUUGCAGCGAAUACGGGACCUCGUCAUAUGGAUAUUGGUGUUGGUACUGGGCUCUUCCCUGCACAUUAUCGCGACCAGAUGCGGCAGAGACACCAAGAGUGGCCUCAGAAAUUGGCCUUGGUUGAUAUGAACCCUUCCUGCCUGCAAAAGGCUGCCGCGCGCAUCGACUGUCCGAGCAAGACCGAAUGUGUGCGGGCUAGUGUUCUGGAGCCAUUCACCAUCCCGGCUGGGCAAGGGACUCUCGGCGCAUCACCCAAGUUUGACUCCAUAUCUUUGAUGUACAUGCUUCAUUGUUUGCCACCACCAACAGAUCGCAAAGCAGCUGUGUUUGCGCACCUGAAGCACCACUUGACUCCGGAAGGGACUCUGUUUGGUGUCACUAUCUUGGGCUAUGGUACACAGCACAAUCUGCUCGGGCGGCUGACCAUGCGCUUCCUCAACUGGAGGGGAGAUUUUGGAAAUGCAGAUGAUAGGCCGGAGGUAUUCGUCAAGGCCCUGGAAGAGGAGUUCGAGGAGGUCGAGACUCAUAUUGUGGGAGUGGUGCUGCUGUUCCGGGCUCGCAAGCCGCGGUUAGCCUGA